AUGGAACGUUGGAAGAGGAAGAACCCCGCUCGAGGCGUUUCUUUUGACAUUUUCAUGGCAUUGUGUUCUCCAUGGUGGACAUGGGAAGGAGGUGGUAAACUCAACGCCUAUGAUGAACCGGUGAGCAGUUACAUCGAAGAGGCAUACCAGCAGUUCUUGGUUGGUGGAGCCUCUGGUGUGCAGAUAGACCUGCGCCAGGGUUCCUACUUCAUCAGCUUCGAGAACAUGCGGCAGAUGAGACUGGCCGGCAGGCUGAGGGUGCGUCGUGUGCACCGCGAGAACGGCGAAGACAAUCACUGUUCUGAGAAGAGUGCUGAGGUGGCCCUCCAACCGGCCGUGAGUCCGCGGAAGGAUGUGGAAGGGCCGGGGCGGACAGGCGAAGAUACGGAUCAGGAGGUAUCUUCUCCUUUGGCUUCGCCGUCGCCGCAGUGUCAGAAUCCUUGUGCCACAUUCUCGCCAGACCAAGAAGUUGACCAAGUCUCGUGCCCCAAAGUUGUGUGGCUUGGGGAUUUGUACAGCUAUCAUAUGACCUGUAAGCAAGCAGCUGCAAGUAUCCUGCGAAGUCAGACCUUUCUUCCAUCCCGACGUGGCUUGCUGGGUCCCUUCAUCUACUUCGCAGCUUCCUGUGAGGAUUGUCAGGGAAAAGCUCGACAAGCCACCCUGGAAGGAGUGAUUCUGAGGUCUUUGGUGUCGUGUGGACGAUGUCUGCUUGUGGAUGCUCCCUCUUCGAAACACACUCAGCGUAUUCUAAGCAUCAAAUCAUGGUCAGACAUCACCAAAGAGAAGCUGAAGCAGUUGGGAUGCACAAGUAUCUAUGCCACAUCUCCUCUGGUGCGCAGAGAUGAGUGGGCUGUUCCAAGCAUGGGGCAGGUUUCAGAAGUUAGGAUUGUGCAAUACAGGAGGCUCACCGCAGACGGAAUGACCACCUGGCCUUUUUGGAAAUGGCCUGCCUGGGCUCACUCCGUUGCUGUAGCUGUAGGCACGGACGACGUUGCCAUCGACCAAGCUUCCGCAGUGAAAGAAGUUAUUUCCAGGUACGGUGUCCGAGUGGAUGCUUCUGGUAGGCCAGUGGAUCACGACGGCAAUGCCCUGUCCUAUGCGGAGGCACGACGCUGCGGAUGGGGCCGGCGCCGUGGCCAAAAAACGCCCCGACAGUCAGAGAGGUCGGAGAUCAGGCGCGCCUCAAGCUGGACAAGCCGCGAAGAGGGUCACGCUCGCACCAGUAGCUCCGGAAACCGAAGUUCUUUCGGAAACCGAAGUUCUUCCGGAAACCGAAGUGUUGGACGCUUGGGACACCAAGCUUCGACCGCAUGGGAUGUCUUGAUGAAACUGCAGGCAUUUAUGAGUGACGUGAGACAAAGCAGAGAAGGCCGCGCGAAGCAUCGUGCGUCAGGGCUAUGCGGUAGAACAGCUCCUUGCAUCUUGAAAAGUUAA